CCCGCCAGGCGGUGCGCGCUCCCCCUCCCGGAUGCCGCUGAGGGGGAGGCGCGGGCACGCGCUCUUCUGGUGGCGCGCGCGCUCGUAUGUAAAUGAGCGGGCGUGAGGUCAGAGGCAGAUGGAAAAGGAAACAGACAGAAUGGCCGCCGCGGCUCCCGCUCCUCCUGCCGCUGCCUCCUCCCCUCAGUGCCGGAGCCCUCGCUGCACGGCGGAGCGCAGGGGAGUCCGCCGAGAACUCGACUCCUGGCGGCACCGCCUCAUGCACUGUGUGGGUUUUGAAAGUAUUUUAGAAGGGCUUUAUGGACCAAGGCUACGAAGAGACCUCAGUUUAUUUGAAGACUGUGAGCCAGAAGAGCUGACUGAUUGGUCAAUGGAUGAAAAAUGUUCCUUUUGUAACUUACACAAAGAAACAGUCAGUGAUCGUACCCCAAUUAUUGGUUCUUCACAGUCAACACCAACAGAGGAACUGUCAUCUCAGGGCCAGUCCAACACUGAUAAGAUUGAAUGCCAAGCAGAAAAUUACCUAAAUGCACUCUUUCGAAAGAAAGAUCUUCCUCAGAACUGUGAUCCUAACAUUCCCCUAGUUGCUCAGGAAUUAAUGAAAAAGAUGAUCCGUCAGUUUGCAAUUGAAUACAUUUCAAAAAGUAGCAAAAUUCAAGAGAAUAAAAAUGGUUCAUCAUUUGAACCAAGUCUGAUAUGUAAAAAUAUCCAAAUGAACCAAACGGAAAACUCCCUUCAGGAAGAACAGGAUAGCCCUCUAGACCUCACUGUGAAUAGAACUCAAGAACAGAAAACUCAGCAAGGGGAUGGAGUGCUAGAUCUCUCUACAAAGAAAAAUGCAAGGCUGGAAGAGUCAACAUAUGAUCCAUUAUCAUCUGAAAAUUCAGUGUCUGGUUCAACAGUUGGUGCAAAAUCAGAGGAAGCAACUAAAUUGGAAAAAGGAAAAUCAGCACUAAACAAGGUUUUGGAAUCUUUGUGCUCUUACCACUGGCAGCAGAUUUUGGCUAUUUUGAAAUUUUUAAUCCAAGACAAAAAUGUUCCUUCACUUUGCAGUUGCCUGCAACCUCAUAUUAUCCAUUCAGAAACUCAGAACUCCCUCACUGAAGAUGAAAACCAUGUUCCAUUUUGUAGUUGUGAUGGACAUAUGCUGACAAAAAGGUGCUGUUUACAAAAUCAAAAUCCAAACACUUAUUUACCAUCUCUGUGUGUUUGUAUUAAAGAUUUGCACUGUUUGCCAUGUCAGACUGUAGCUACUGGAUGUAUUAAGACAGUGGUGAAUAAAAGGAUUGCUAACAGUUGUAAUAGUCAUAGGUGCUGUACAGGACAACUACAAAACUGUAACAGCAAGUACUCUGUGACAGCAGCAACUUAUCCAUCUUUUUCUUCAACUGAAGACAAUGAUUUGUCAAACAGCAUUAAAAGUUCUAGUAGAUCUCGCAGCCCAUCACCUCCUCCAUUGUCACCUGCACAAAAUAAUGAAAUUGAAACAUUGGAAGGAUCACCUAUGGAUUUUCCAGCUUUAGACAACAACAAAUUUGAAAUAACCAUUAAUCAACCUCCAUCUCUCUUGCCAGCAGAAGGAAGCAAUAGAGAGUAUGAAGAUGAAGGUAAACUAUGCAAAGGAAAAGGGUUUGGUUACUCAAAUGAAAUUUGGCUGUCAACAGAUCAAGAAAGCAGCAAAUGUGUUAUAAAUUCUGAAAAGUUUGAAAAAGGUGAAAGUUCUGCCAUUUUUCAAGAUUUAAUGGAUCGUAUUAAUGAAAAAUUAAAAUCAAUAGAAACUACAGAUAUAACAACCAAUCUUGUAAAAUUGUCUGACAGUGACAGGGCACCAGAAAAUGAUAAUGUAAAAUUGGGGGACUUCAUAACAUCUCUCUUGCACGAUGCUAAGGCAAGUGAUUACACUUUUAUGGAGUUACUGAGCCAACAUGAUAAACAAGUGGAAAAUAAAAUUAUCCAAACCAGAUUUCGCAAACGUCAGGAAACUUUAUUCGCAAUGUACAAUUCUCCUGAUUCACCACUGAUUAGACGACAGUCUUUGCAAAUCAAGAGGGAACUUGCAAGUCUUGAUGAAACUUUUAUAAGGAAAAAGUCAACUUUAGAGAGAAAUGCAAAGAAGUCUACAAAAAAUUAUGGUAAAAUGUCCGCAAACAAAGGAGACAGUUAUAACAUGUUAGAAGACAAAGCUUUACAAAAUUCUGACAGUAAUCUAGGUAUGAGAUGUCAAACUAAAUCCAUUUCUUUGCCAGUGUGUCAAGCAGAAUCAAUGGGACUACCUCUGAAUAAUUUUGAAACUAACUCUAGCUUUGUAGCAUUUUCAGAAAACAAUGUUACCUUAGCAGAUCAGACUAACUUUCCAAAAACACAAGGAGAUUAUGCAAUUGAAAAAGAGACUGAUCAGAGUCCUUUGAAGGGGAAAUAUAAUGGAAUCUUGGGCAGAACCAAACGUAACAUUGUGCCUCCUGGAUGGUACUCUGUAUAUGUAACAAAUGACUUUUUAUGUAGAAAAUCCUCCAAAGCAAAAAAAUCUCCUGAAAAUUUGGAAAGAGAUAAUAUAGUUAAAAAUCUUCAAGCUGAAAGAUAUAUUGAUGUAAAUAAGAUUGUAAGGAACACAAAUCUACAAGUUGUUGUGGAACGCUUGGAAGAUACAAUAAACUUAGCCAAAAAGACUAAAAGUCCACUGUUGGAUAGUUAUAAAAUAUCCAGUACAUAUGAGUGUGAUAUGAACCAAACUGCUAGGAGAGGCCUACAUUUUAACAUGGGUGAAAAAGGAGGUGCAGGACAGAGUUUCCUCCCCCAGUCUCACUUGUCAUGCAGCCAUGCAUGCAAACCAGAUUGUGUGCCAACAAGAGAACACAAAGAAGUUCUAGAUCAAGGACUUGGUAACAACCUUUUGAAAUCUUCAUCCUCUGAUUCAGACAGAUUGACUUCUAGUAAUGGGGAUGUACAGACAAGAUCUGAAGUUGGGGAGAGUGCAUCUCUCCUAGGUUACUCUAGCCCAAUAAAACUUAUGUUUGUCUCAGAGGUUAAUAGUAGUGAAGGAGUGAAAUAUACUUUAACUGCUGCCAGUGCAUCUUCUACAGCAAACACCGAUCUUUGUUUAUUUCAGAAGUAUCCAGACACAAUAUCAGGAAAAAAAUCUAAAACAAGUGAUCUUGUUCAUGAAAUCUGCAUUGGAGACUCUGGAUAUAAUUGUAAUGAAAGUGACACUACAGAGGAAUCAAAUUUUGUUAAUACUGAGACAAUUGCAGAUACUUGUGCAGCAGAUGAAACUGACUUAAAUUAUUUUAAGCAAAGUGAAGAAACUGUGGAAAAAUCAAGUAGUGGCAAUGAAUCUGUUUUAAAAAGAAAACCUGGUAGGCCUAAAAAAAUAGGGCCUCAGGUUGUAAAACAGGUUAAGCGACCUAUUGGACGACCUCCAAAGCCUAAAAUAGACACAGCUGAAAAUAGUGACCAUAGAUGUGAACCAACCAGUAUUGGGAAAACCACCAAAUCUGAUGUAACGGUAAUGAAAGAAGUUAUCAGUAACAAGAAUAUUACUGUGACAGUUGUUUUUGGAAGGUCAAGAAGAACUAAAAGGCAUGUUUCUGAAGGGAAUAUAAAUAUAAUUAAUGCUAUGCCUACACAACGUGAUUCCAAUUUUACAAAUGAUUCUAGUGAACUGAGGCAAAAUACAGAAACUGAAAGUGGUUUUGCAGAAAUAGUAAAAGUCUUACAGAAUUCUGCUACUGAAAAUGAAGUCUCUGGGUCUUGUUAUGAGUAUAUUAGACCUAUCAAGAAUAAUCCACUGUUACCACACCUUUACAGCAAUAUCAUACGACCAAAUCAGAAGCCUUUAACUAUCACUAGAAAGCCUGGUAGACCAGCAAAAGUAAAAAUCUCUGGCAUAUCAGUGACUAUUAAUAGAGUUUCACCUCAGGAAAGAAUAGUAAGUAUUAGCGGCUGCCUGCCUCCAUUGCAGCAACAGCAUAUGUUAGGGAAAAAAAUAUCACAGGAGAAGAAUAAUCAACCGUGCAAUAAGAUGAAUGAAAUAAAGAGCAUUCAGAAUGACACUACCAAGGAUGCAUCUGUGAUUACUACUACAGAAUCAAGAAAACAUGAAAUUCCUUUGAGGCAUUCUGUUAGAGACAGAAGACCAUCACUGCAUUUCUUACAUUCAUUAGCAUCUUCUAGCACAUUUACUUGUAGAAGUGCCUUGCUACGUAAAUCGUAUAAGCUCCAUUUGAAAAAAGCUAAGGUUCGAAAGGAAAAACAUAUGCAAUCAAAUCUGAGGCUAGCAUCCAAGGAUACCUCAGAAACUAAAAAUUCAGGGAGUGAAGAAAAGGGUUCUGAGGUAAAUGAAUUUAGGUCUGUUAAUGAAAUAUCACUGGAUCCCAUUUUUUCAUCAAAUCCUUCUCUCAGGUGGUGGGCUACUUCCACUUCACAUGACUCCUUGUUGGAAGAACUAAAUAAUAGAUUUGAACAGAUAACUAAUACCUGGUUGCAAGUAGGUGGAAAUGAAUUUGAAAAGUGUUUAUAUGAAAAAAUCAAUCAUGUUGAACAAGAUUGUAGCAUUAAAGUGUCAAGACCUUUAGACACCUGCCUUGUAGAACUUGAAGCAUCACCUAUAAAAAUGCUUUUUCAGAAGAAGUGUAAUAUAAACGAACUUAGUACUUGGUUUAUGCAAACAACAGAAACGCAGUCCCUCUCUCUAGUGAGAAAGGCAAAUGCUCGCAAUCCUUUGGAAGUAAUUAGUACUAGAGAGAUUAAGAUGGGAAGUAAACAAUCUGAUCUUAAUACUAGUCCUUUCAGAAAGCACUUUAAAAAGUUUGCACUAUCCUCUCCUUCAGAACCAGCUGGGAAAUUACAAAUAUUGCAUAAAAUGGUCCAGGCUCCAGUUUUAAAUAUGAAAAGUAAUUUCACACUAGCCAGAUUAAGAAGAACUGAAUUUAAGAAGUUACAACAUGACAAGUGGAGACAAGUGAAAAAAAUGUAUAACCAUGGAACAGGUGACUGGAAAUCUAAAAGGCGAAACUUAAGAUUUUUCUGCCAAAGCCAGUUUUUUAAAAAUGCAAGUGGGAAAAUCAGUGAUGUAGUACCCAUGCACCAAGGAAAAAGUACAGUAAAAACCCAGCCCACUGAAAUCUUAGAAUCUCGCAAUAGAAUCUUGUCAACUGGAACUGAAGUCAAAGACGCAUUUCUUCCACAGACAAUAGAAUUGUCUGACUUCAGCACACAUCCUGGUUUAACAAAUAUUUUUAAAUCACAUUCAGAGAUAAAUGGAACAAGUUAUAAUCAAAAAAAUGUUGGAAAAUCACAGAACCAACUUAAAAUGAGUCAAAGUACACGGAGAGCCAAAACCUUUAAAGAUUGUAGAAUAUUUCUGAGAAAACUGAAUCAUAUAGAACAGCAUAAAUCGUUCAAGUUAAAUACUAUCAUUUAUGCUCCAGAAGCUGUUGAAAGUAGAAGCAAUGAGACCUACACUGAAGAAAAAAGGCAUUGUACUUUAAAGUCCUAUUCUGCUAGGCAAGAUGCAUUAAAGGGAAAAGAAAAGGAUGUGGAGACAUGUAAGGGAACUAAUCCUUCCAAAGUGACUGCAAUGCUGGAUGACCAAUUAGACAGCAACAAAUCAAGCAUAUGCAUAAACAAUGAGAGCCCUGCUGCUAGUUCUGAAGUUCUUAACAAAAUAAACAUAAGAAAAAGACCACAAUGGGAGACCACUGAUAUGAAUGUAAGAAAAAGGCAUAAGAGCCAAUCAUGCAAUACUGGACAAAUGGCGAAUUAUUACUCAAAAUACCAACUAGUGUCUGUCCCAUGGCUGUUGGCAUCCAUAGAAAAAUGUCAAAAAAAAGCUCACUUACAGCUUCAAAAGAAGCACUGAUCUCAAAGAGGCAAAUUUUAGUCAGCCUCAACCUGGUGUUUAAGACUCUGAUUCUACAACUGCAUCCAUUCUGGUGGAUUUUUGAACUGGUACAGAACCUGUCCUCUCUCCCUUCUCCUCCUCUUCCCCCCACAUGUCCCUCCUCUCUUCCCCCCCACCCCCCAGUGAAUGCAGCUGCAAGGUCAGGUUCUAAUUUUGCAUGCAUAACUGUUUACUGGCACAUUUCCUGCAUCUGAAAGCUUCAUGUAUAUGGAAGCAUCAUUAUGUAUGUGUAUAUUCUUUGGAUUGCAUGUGGGUGUUACAGUGGUAUCAAGACCUACAUCGCUUGCUAAGGUUUUCUGUAUAAUAAAUACUUUUAUAUAGAUAAGUGGAUAUUUUUGUCAACAUUUUCAAGUUUUUCUUUUAAUUUUUAUUAACCUCUCUAUCAGACUGAGGAAGAGAGGGGAAAGUACCUUGUGUGUUCCUGAAGGAACUAUCUGAUGUCCUCUAUGAGGAAGGGCAAGAUGUUGGUAUUGAAGAAUUGUGGUUUCAAUUUUUGUUGCAAUCUGAGAGUUGUAUAACCAUACACAGGUGGAUGCUAUUGCAUUCUUACAGGUCAAGACACUUUUUUUCAAAAGAAAGUGUCCCUAUGAUCAAUUCUCAAUCUGGCUGCAGAAGAGGACUGAUCAUACUCUCAUAUCACAUUUUGUUCAAAAAAUGGCAAAUGGGAGAUACUUUGAACUUCAUGAUGCUUCUGGCACUUUGAUUAGCUUGUGAAGUGUCUGCUUCAAUGACACAUUUGGAUAUGUUGAGGGCUUGGUUCCAAUGUACUGUGAAUCUCUGUUAAACUUUUUUUUUUUUUUUAAAGAUCAAUUCUAAUUAUUUGCAACAAGGGCAUUUUUCUUCAUCCCAUUGUGAACUUUUUCAUUUCUGCCUCACAUUUUGGCAACUAAGAGAGUCAACAGGGGCUUGGAGAUUUUAGAACAACUCCCAUCAUACGUAUUUGAAAAGGUUUUACUAGCAAUGUGUAAAAAUACCAGUAGUUUUAUUUAUUUAUUUUCAGAUUUGAAAGCCCUGUUUUCAAAUGUCUAUAUCUUAAUGGGGUACACUCAGCUCAGCACUUUGACAAAAUGGGAAUUUACAGUUCUAAAUACUGAUUUGGACAUCCUGCUUAAGGCCCCCACGUUUGAAAAUUGGACUGUAUUGUUCCAAGAGUCUAAUUGGUUUCCAUCUCUUGCUUUGUACAAUCCCUUGCAAUUUAAAACAAUGUCUGCAUUAACAUAUCAGGAUAACAGCCAAGAUUUUUCUCAAACGUCCCUUCUCAUUCCAGAAAGAUUCUUGGAUUUUAAAAGCUAUAUUGAAAUCUGUCUAUUUCUACUUUGAUACUAUAGUCCAGUUAACAUCUGGACUCCAUUGUGCUAGGCAUUUUACAAGCACAUUGGAAGAUAUAAUCCCUGCUCCAAAGAGCUAAUGACAAAUAAAUAAAAUAAAAUCUUAGAGAGUGCGUUCAGCUUUUUAACACAUGGAGAGGCUUAUUCUAUGCUCUAGGUGUGAAACAAGUGAGGCAUAUGCGUCUAGUGUAUAUAAGGUCACAUUAAGUGCAAAAUAAUCUGCUGAAAUGGUAAUUACAUCUUUCUCUUGUAAGAAUUCCCUCUGGAAGCUCAUCAGAGGAAUACUAAUGAAGUAGAUGGCCUCAGGAUAUUUCCACCUGUAGAUAUUCAGAGCAAACUUGUGUAGCUCAUUUCAUAAACUAUAAUUACCUAAGCCAUUGGCACCCAACUGUUAUCAGUCCAGGAGCUAUUUUAUCAUUGAACAGAAUCAUAGAGAGACAUAAAAGAAUGUAACAAGUUAAAAUAAAAUUGUAUAUAAGUUAUUAAAAUUAAUAACUACUUUCAAUUAAAUGCGUGUUUCUUAAAGUGAAAAUGUCAAGGGCAAAAUUUUGCUAGCAUUACAAAUAUAUAUGUAAUAAAUCCUGUGUGUUGUGUGUGCGCGUGUGCAUGCCUGUGCGUUAAAUUGCAGGUUUUUUCUUGGACAAUUAUUGCAUCAUUAGCAACAGUUAGGCUGUUGCUUAUCCUCUCACUGCAGAGACCCAGGGGCUGAGUGUCACUGGCGAGGCACCAUGUUAAAUUUGGCUUAUCUGUACUACAAUCGUUCUUUUAAAUAAAGAGGCUAAACUCUGAAUACUUCCACUUAUUUUGUCUGCUAGGAUCUCUUUAUAUCUUGGUGUCUUGUUUUUUCAUUCUUUGUAUAUAAUUUACACUCACAACAUUCAUUGAUCAUUUUAAAUCUUAUUUUUAUUUCUAUUUUUCUUUUAGGAUUGUCUUAAUACCUUUUCUUUAACUGGUAUACUAACAUUUGAUUUCCAAAUAUGGUACUACAGACAGAUUCACACUCAUCUUCUCCUUUAGCUAAAAUUUUGAAAGAAUUACUGUUAGGUUUUUCAUGCUCCUUUAAUGAACUGAUAAUGCUUUUUAGAUGGUGCUCUAGAGAAGAAAUUUAUUUAAAAUCACCUGAGCCCCAAUUCACCAAAGCAUUUAAGCAUGUGUUUAAACUAUAAAUAUUUGAGUAAUUCAAUUGAAGUCAACAGGACUAUUCGUGGGCUUAAGUGAUUUGCUCAAUUGGGCUUUUGAGAAUGCUCCCAAAUCUAUUAAUUGGAGAAUCGUUAAACUAUGAGUGUAGAUCUGUGUAAAAUAUUAUUUUAUAAGAAAUGAAAUGCAAGUAAGUACUGUAUUUUUUUAACCAGCCAUGGUUUAAAAUUAUGUAUACUGAAGUUUGACUGUAACAGUGAAAUGCAAGGAAACUGUUGAAAGAAGAAUUUUUGCUGACAUAAACCAUAA